AGGUCCCUGGGCUCGAGCCCAGACGGCGGUUUAACCGAACUGCCACAGAAAACCUUCUCUAUCGACUUCACCCUAAACUAGUGGACGAAGGUGAUUGACUUUCAGAGUGCAAAUCAAGGACGAGAUAUAACCUAUCUAGAAAUUCCUAUGGAGGCCAGUAAAUACUUCAAGGCCAUGGAGGAAUCGACGAACAGUCCAGUCAUUGACGACCCCACGGACGAAGAGGACUCAUCGGCGGACUAUAGUCCUCAAAUAGUCCGGAGAAAAACCCCUUUCAAUAUAACAAAAGUGGCAAAUAACAAAUCCGAUGAAGAAGUUACAGAAGAACUUCAUGCCAAAGCUCUGCCACAUAUCUUCACCUCGGACAAGUCAUACUCCUACGAUGAUAGAGUGUCUCUUUACUGCGACCAAAUCAUCGGCAAAUGUUCGGCAGAAGAUGUGGGUGAAGCCCUGGGUGUGUACCUGACAGGUAAACUCUCUCGUCCUACCGGGUCCUGGAAGGCCGUGUGGCGGACGGUCCCGGACGUGUUGCUCGAAGACUGCGACUACGGAGAACUUGAGUUCGUUGGAGUGCUUGUGGAGGUCACUUGGAGGCCGGGUAAGGUGACGGUGUACCCUCAGCAGGUCUCUGUGUCUGUGACGGAGCCGUUCUCCUCCAACAUCACAAACCUACCCAGGAAGCUGGUGGGGGCCCUUCUGUUGGAGCUCGGCCACAAGGUGACGGUGCUGGAAGUCUACCCGAUUCAGAACCAGGGCAAGGAGGUCGACGAAAUAGCGGAAGCCCUGGAGCAGCUUAGGUUCUUCUAUGACUCUCUUUGGAGAGAUUGGGUGGAUGUUAAGCAGGGGGAGGAAUACGCUGAACGGAUCGAGAAACGACUCAGGCUGUACUAUGACAUGCAGGAAGCCUUCCCUGGGGAGAUGGCCCAGAGUUACCAGCAAACCCUGGAGGAGUACAACACGAAGCAGGCUGAGAUGAGCGUCUACCAGGCCUCUCUGCCCGGGGAGCCACAGCCCCGCGAGGCUGUGGAGUGCUGGAGGAAGUACUACGAGAUGACCAUGCUCGCCGGGUUCCUCAAGUUCUGGGAGGACACUAGGCCAGGGAGCUCCGGACUGUCCAGAAUUUACAAACGCAGAAGAGGAGAGAGGACCUCAGGGAUGCCAGUCACACACAUCGUGGCUCAGAUGAUGACUGCAGCCAUGGUGAAGAGCUUCUCCUCAGACACUCUGAUCCAUCAGCAUGACAGCCUGUCUGGUGCACUGGACGCCUGUUUCUCUGGGGACACUGUGGUCCUGGUUCCUGGACAGUACCAAGCCCAUGGUCUGUCCACCCUCACUGACGACAUCACCAUCAGGGGAGCAGGAGAGCAGCGGGAGGUAGUGCUGACCUCCCAGCCGGGCCAACCCUGCCUGGUGGUUUCCAACGCUGCCCGGGUGAAGCUGUCCAACCUGCGGCUGCAGCAGGAGCCUCUACGUGAGGCGGCUGGGGUGCUGGUGGUGGUGGAGGCGGGGGAGAUGACCCUGGACGGCUGUGAGCUCCAGGGUGGGGUCACCGGGGUGUGUGUCCACACCGGGGCCACACUCCUAAUGAGGAGCUGUGAGGUCUCAGGAGCUCAGGGUGCUGCUGUGGAGCUGUCUCCAGGCAGUGUAGCAGAGCUCAGUGGGAAUGAGAUCCAUCACUGUAGCAACAAGGAGAAGCAUGGAGCCAUCAGCCUCAAGAUUCUCCCCAAGCCAAGGCUCACGAUGUCCGACAACCAUAUCCAUGACAACCAGGGAUACGGGAUUGCCAUUGUCGUCCCCGACAACCUCCAGCCUCCCGUCCCGAGGUCGGAGCCCACGGACCUGACGGCCAGCGGGGACCAAGGUACCCCGGAGCACCUGGCCCAGGUCCUCCAGGAGCUCGGCCUGGAGGUCCAGUCCAACAAACUGGACCAGAACCAGCUGGGAGACAUCCAUCUGCUGCACCACAGCGGGUCCAGAACAUAGCUGGGGAGAGGGACUAGAACCCCAGAGGAACCAGAACCUCUGGGGAAUCCUUCUGCUUCAAAUCAGUUGACUUUUUUAAAUUGAGAGUUUGGGUGUUUUUAGGAUUCUAAUGUUGAACUGAAUGUUAAGUUAUUUUUAUUGUUGAUUAUUUUAUGGAAUAAUACUAAAGACAUAAAACGACUUUAGUUCUUUUAAAAAACGUCUUAACGUUAAUAGAAAAGUAAUUGUUUUUUGCCAAACAGCAGUUUUAUUAAGACAAAAAACAUUCAACAGGAUUUUUUUAUUGUUGUAAAAGUUCCAGAAAACAAAGAACCACUGCUGUCAUUAAGGAACAGAACAAUAAAAUGAUAGAAAACAG